GAAACAUGAUAUUUAGGAAAGCUUUGUUUUUUAAUCAGAUGUUUCUGUCCUGUGCUGUUGCUUAACAGCCACAAAGCAGAACUCGGAAUGUUUGACUGGUUUCCUUGCCUACAUACCAAGCUAACAGCAGAUAUGCCAGAGACUUUAUGGAGCUUAUGAAAUAGACUAACAUUUCAUAUGGCAGAAAGGAAGCAAAAAUCCCAUCUGUCAGAGCUUUUAGAUGAUGUGGAAAAGGCUCACAAAUCUGAGAUUCGGCUCUAUGUGUCAGGCCACCUAAACCAUAAUAAGCUCUUCAAGCCCCCUAAAUCUGCAAAAUACAACUAUUGGGAGAGUUCCAAAAAACCCACCUUAUCGUCUGCCAAAGAGGAUGCCCUUGGAGGACCCCAUGAAAUGCUGGAAAAAGUUAGCAGCGGCAAAGAUGUUCCUCCAGUGCCCAUCCGUGCCAAAUCUGCUUCCCUAUUGGGUUAUCAGUCCCCAGUUCAUCCGGCCAGGUUUAGAGCACCAGUAAGCGUGUCACUCAAUACCGCUGCUUUCAAACGACAAAAGAAGGAGGCUCCUGAGAAACCCGAAGAUGAAGCCGGCACACUUCCAAAGCAGCUUAUACGAGAAGAGCUGGACAUUCCAGAAAUGAAAUUGUUGAAAUACAGACGAAUCAAGAGCAGCAGGCUUUGUGUCACAGGGGAGUUUAAAGACGAAUACCGGUUCUUACCUUCCUAUCUGGCUGGUGUGACUAAAAAGGACCAAUAUAACAAGUUCAUGCAAGUUCAGAAGGAGUACGUUGCCAAGCAGGAUUUGCUGGAGAAUGAUUUCAUUGGGAGCAAGUCAACAGAGCGCCAUGAAAAAAAGUUGGCCCAGGCACUUCAGAAUAUCUGUGACUGCAGACGUCCACAUUUCUACCGAUUACAAGCUAUUGGUGAAGUGUUUGAAGAUAUCUGUAAUAGUUCCUUGAUAUUUGGUGACAUAUUGAAGGAAGUGAAAAAUGAAUAUGAGCUCUACAUGGUGAUUCUGCUGGAUUCUUUGCCUUCAAUGCAAUACAGAACUUUGCAAGAGCAAGUCAAAGGCAUGAAAAAAAGAAUGGUGAUGACUCAUGAAAUAGAAGAGAACAGACAGACAAUACAGGACCUUGUGCAGAAAAGCAAAUUGGCUUUAGCAAGAAAUGAAGAACUUAGAAAUAAAUUGGAAAUUGAACUUUGGGUGAGCCAGACUGAUAGAAGAGCAACAGAAAAGGAAGAAGGUGAUAAAGCAGGGAUAGAAGCCACUUCUAAAGCCAGUGCUGAGCUGCUGACAUCUCUGAGGUGCCAAAUCAUUAUGAAAUGGGAGGAAAUUCAAGCCAUUGAGAAAGAAAUUAAAACCACGAUGACUUUCAGUGGCAUUAUAAAUAUUAAACAAAAGACUGUGAAAGAAUUAGAGGCAGAAGCAAGCAAACUUGAGGCCUCAAACAAGUUUUUAAAAAUACAAAUAAGGGAUGCUGAAUAUAGUAUCAGAGCAUCACUAAGAAGGCAGAAGUUAAAUGAAGCAAACCAGGGGUAUUUGUGGGAGUUAGUGAGAGACUUCUUGAAACCUCUUGGAGAAGAUAUUGUUAAAAAUACACUUGGAUUAUUUUCUCAGCCAUCCUUCCAACGUUGAUUUAAUUUGUAAAACACAACUGCUCCUACAGAAAAAUGGAUGGUAUGAGAACUACAUUAAACCAUGCUAUUCUCAUAAAACCAAGAGCAAGUAGGAAGAUGACCAGCAGAUCGAGAGGUACCUAUCAAGUUACCUAUCAACAGGUACCUUCACUAAAUGAAAAAGGCCACUGUAGAAUUUUUGUUGCAUUCUACCCUAGAAAUAGAGUGAUUGCUAGUUAUGGUUCUGACUACGAUUCUACCAUCCUAUUUGGUUUAAUGAUUGCUCAUGUAUGUUCGCCAUUGUCAUAAAUACUUGAAAAGUAUAAAUAUUUCUCUUUAAGAAGUAAAAUGACUGACAGACCAAAACUAUGAACUUUACUGAGACUUUUCAACAUUUUUUAACGGAGGCAAUAAGAAAGAAAAUGUAAUAUUCAGUGUUAAGAAUUCCUCCUCCGUCUCCUUCGCUGUCCUUAAUGCUUUUCACCUGUCUGUUGACUGUCUAAUUGACAUCUCAUAAUGUGGUACAUAUUUUCUUGCAGUAGAUGUUUCUAAUUAUCUAUUCAAUUGCAUUUAUGUGGGUUAGUGUUCAUUAGAUUUAUUAUGAGCAAUCUUGAUUUAUGGAAAUGUAUAUAUAGAAUAUAUAAUUGGAAUUAGCACACAAUUAUAUACUAUGCACUUAAACUUUCAACAGGUGCAGAGAACCAUUGGAUUAAUAAUGCUAUUGGUAUUAUUGGGAAAAGGGUACUGAAAGAAAAACGAAGUUCCUUAGUUCACUGGUAGGGCCUAUAGCCAUAUGUGUUCCAUCUUACUUUUGCAAUCCUUAGAGGCCCUCCACUUUUCCAGAAUGAGCAUGGCCAAAACUGUACUGAUUUGAGGAGGUUAAGGGUUUCAGUCUGUUCCCAAAAGAGCCUUCAAUUCUAUUCCAAUCAGCCCGCUUUUCCCAUGGAGGAGUAAAAGCCCAUUAAAUCUGCCCAGUCCCCUUCAUCAAAAGAUGAAAAAUUGGACUUUGCUUAUUUCAAUUAUGUUCUGAUAGCUCCAGCCAUAGAGACCCUCAAAGGCUAUAUACUUUCUUCUUUUUUAAAAAAUGUCCCUCUGACUAAAGGAAAUUCCCCAUUGUUGGUUCACUUCAAAAGCAACUUCUGUCCUUCAGAACCUUUUGCUUCAAUUUAAUUUGAGUUAGUAACGCCAAAGAUUGCUGCUGCAACGAGUUAUUUGUAACCCUAAUGAAAAACCAACGGCAUGAAAUAUGGGGAAGCCGAUAACCAUUACUAAAUUUGAUCUCUUGCAUUGUUAACAGUAUCUUUUUGUUUCUGAGGCAUUUAUUUUUUUGCUUGUAGGGCUGUCCUUUCAAUAAAGUUGAAGUUUUCUCAGUGACAACUCUUUGAUAUAUGGACAAUAAAAAUAUAAAAAUUAA